CCGACGAGCAACACUCAAAGUCAAAUAACCCCCCCGCUCACCCCGAACACUUCCAUCUCUUCCUCCUCCACCGAAGCCGGUGCCGCCGAUGACCAUUCCACCAAGCUUCCGCCCAAUAACAUCAUCACAGAUGAUAAUAAUAGCAAUAUUCAUCAUAACCAAGUUUGCAGGGGCAGUGCUUCAGAUGAUGGAGAUGACGCUGAUGAUAAUAAGAAAGAGAAUAGGAGUAAUAAGGGAAAGAAGAAGGGGGAGAAGAAGCAACGACAGCCGCGAAUCGCUUUCAUGACGAAGAGUGAAGUUGAUCAUCUGGAAGAUGGAUAUAGAUGGAGAAAAUAUGGGCAGAAGGCCGUCAAGAAUAGCCCUUAUCCAAGAAGCUAUUACAGGUGCACGAGUCAAAAAUGCCCGGUGAAGAAACGAGUGGAGAGAUCGUACCAAGACCCCAGCGUUGUGGUGACGACGUACGAAGGGCAGCACAACCACCACAUCCCCACCAACCUCCGGGGAAGCUUCGCCGCCGGGAUGCUCACCCCGUCGAUGCUAACUCAGGCCACGCCCACCGCCUUCCCACAUCAUGACCUCAUGCUUCAACACUACGGCAGCAGCAGCAAUCACUACUUCCGCAGCAGCCUCCACCAUCAUGCCGCCGCCGCGCCAAAUAACCCUUACUUCGGGACUGCCGCCGCAGCUAGUAAUAAUAAUAAUAAUAAUGCGGCG